AUUAAAAAUAUAUUUAAAAAAUAUUGUCUGCUCAUUGGGUACCGAAGGAGAAAAGGAUGUGAAGUCAAACUCGAAAUCGAAACUCGAAACGCGCGCGCACGUGAUUUGCGCGCAGUUGGCAAGUCUGCAACAAUAACGUUCGAGACAGAGAAGGAGGUAUUCGGUCUACACUUGUACACAUUCAGGCAUUCAGACGUCGCAUCUAUCCACCGUGCGAGGCCCCGUUGCAAGUCGGGUAACCGAGCAUGUACUACGUAUGUCGUGUUGCGCGAGCGACGUAGCGCGCCUUCUAAACGUCGUUUUCGUCAAAUUCGGCCUAGCCCGGUACAGCCCAGGCCUGUUUCUCUCUUUACGGUUGCAUGCGCGCGGAAUCGCGCGUCGAGGCGUUUCUGGCGGCCUCCUGGUGCUGCGUCGUACCGAGGAGGACGGGAGCCCGAACAAGGUGCCGCGAGAACGAACGAGUGAGAACGAGGGAGAGGGGGAUAAAGCGGAGAGAUAAGGACGGAAAGAAAGAGAGAGAGAGCGCGCGCGCGCGCGCGCGCCUUCCACCGUUGCGUUCCUGGGACGACGCUCGCGUUAAUUUUCGACGCACUGUGUGUACAUACGCGUGAACGUGUCUGUAUAUAUAUUCUCGCGUUGAUUCGGCGGGAACGGAUCUAAACGAAUUGCGGACGAUCAAGAAUCAAGAAUCGCACAUCGAAGCGGACCGCUCGUCACGCGACUCACGGGCUAAGAUGCCCGACGUAGCUGCUGCCGCAUGUAGCAACGUCAGCAUCGAGGCAGCUAGAGCACGCAGCACGCAGCCAAGUGCAUUCCUCCAGUUUUCCGCGAGCACGCUGUGAGAUCUACUCCUAAGGCUUAGCUCUGUACAUGGUCAAGGAGUAUGCUGAGUAUUCCAGAGGAAGAUUUGUUUGAGAGACAAUUGCAGUGUGUUUUGCAGAUGCGAGGGAACGUUUCGAGGGAUGUACAGUAACAGUUCUGGUGAUUCAUAUUGAUCCUGGGUGAUAUUGCUGAUAUUCCUGUAAGAAUAGAUUUAUAAGAGAUUGUUUGGUAUUUACCAAUGUUGAUUUUAUGAGAGAACUCGAUCAAAUAUUACGCUAAGAUGUGUGAGCAAACGGAAAUCAAUUAUCUCGAUGGGGAUGUUGUUUGGGUUAAACUGGGGGCAUGCUGGUGGCCUGGUCAAGUAACUGGAUUGAAUAAUUUGCCAGAAGAUAUACAAACUGAAUUUCGAAAGAAGCCAUUAAUUGCUGCUGUGAAAUUUUUUCAAGAAGAUACCUAUGAAUUUGUCAAGAACUAUCAACAGAUCUACAAGUAUAAUUGUACACUUAAAGAUGAAUUUAUUAAAAAGGGCUUGGAUAAAUACAGGAGCAAAAGUAAGGACGGUGCCAGUUAUAUGGACAAGUUUCCAGGCGACGUAGAGACAGCGGAAAAAUUAACGGGAGGAGAUCCCGACAUAUUGAGCCAAGGGAAAUUCUGUCCAGAAGAGAAGCCGGAUAUUUCUGCUUUGUUCGGCGAGAAGAAGAUUCCGAAAAAGAAGCGCGAUCGCGAAGAUGGAUAUAGGCGAAGCGAUGGUGUGGACAUGAGAAAGAUUACACAUCCGCGCUUUUUGCGCGGAGAGAGCGAGCACGAAGUUCGUAUUCGUCAACAGCCCAGCAGCUUACCAUCAACUCCGACUAAUACAGGUUCCCCAGUGUAUCGUUGCCAUUUCUGUACUUUUACUUCCUCGCGCAUUAAUGUGAUCAUAUGUCACAUAAAAUGUCAUCGAUCCGGCGACCCGUCGACGCCACGAUCGAGGGUGAAAACAUAUUCUCAGUCGCGCAGUGGAAGUUCUGAUACGAGUACACCGAAACGAAAAUAUGUAAAGAAAGAUAAAAGUCAAUUGAGCAGAAAGAAGAGUGAGAGUGGCUUGGAAUCAGGUAAACGAAGGCAUUCUAAACAGAAUGAGAAAUCCAGUAAGAAAAAGAAGACGGAUCCAGAAUUGCGUGAAAAACUGUUAGCUGAUUGGGAGGAUGAAUCGGACGAAGAAACAAUUAUUAAUGUAAAUAAUUCUCUGAAUAGUAGUUCGUCUGUGAAGGAUCAAUCAGGUAUUGAUGAUAAAGAAUACAAUGAGGAGAAUAUUGCAGAGAAUAAUGAGAUUAUAGCGGAAACAGAGAAAUUACUUAAAGAUACAGAAGGAUUAUCAUCAAUACAAAUGAUACAACAAUUGAGUAAUUUUGAUAAGAAAUCUGAGUCUGAAACAGAUGUUAAGGUUGGCAGUGUAUCCAAUGAAACAUUCAAUAAGUCGCCAAAAAAGGACACUUCAAGUUCUGACAGUGAGAGCAAAAAUGUUUCUGACAAAGAUGACAAAAAAUCACGACUAUCGUGUUUUGAUUUUGAUGAGGAUGAUUUGAGUGAACCUUCUAUACCACCUGUACGAAAAAUUCCCAGAGUAUUUGGUGAGAAAAAUUUAUCUUUGAAAAAAGAAAUUAUCAAGGAAUUUGCAAUGAGUCAAGCUUUGAAAAAUGAAAUAAAGAAAGAAGCCGAAAUAUCUGAACUAGGUAGAAAUAUGGAUUUAAAAGCUGAUGAAAUAAUGGAAAUAAUACAAGGUAGUGACAAUCAACAAGAGAAGAAAGAAAUCAAAAUGAAUAAAAAGCUCGAUGAGAAUGUGUCACAAGAUAAAAUAGAAAUAGAACAAUCUGAAGAUAAAGAGAAAAAGAAGAUUAUUCAAUCAAAAAAUGAUCAACAGAAAUCUAAUAUUAACACAUCCGAGGCUGAAGUGGAAAUUGUAGAAAUAGUUGAAGAGAAAGAAAAUGGUAAUAAUGAACAUUCAUCAAAUAUUACAAAGCAUAAUGAAAAGAAAUCUAAGAUUACCACACCAGACGUAUCAACAAAAAGUGAUGAAACAUUGGAGAAGAAAAGCGAAACAUUAUCAGAUAUGAAACGUAACAAUGAUAAAUUGCUUCAGUCCGAGAAAGCUGAUUCGGAGGACGCGAUCGCAGAAUCUAAUGAUAACACGUCUAUAAAAGAAGCGGACGAUACUUUGUCGGAACGAUUUACCACGGAAACGGAAGAUGAAACCGUAUCUGAAUCUGCAGAGACUAUGCCUGAACAAAGCGAAAAUUCAGACACUGAUUUAUUGGAUCGGGAUCAAAGUAUUGACGAUAGUCUCUCAGGUAUAGGCCAGACAUUAAUCAAAAGAGGAAGAGGGCGACCACGGAAAAAUGCGAAAACGAUUAAUAAAAGUGCUAAUAUAGAUAAAAGUCCGAAAAUAAAAACCAAUAGAGGUAGCAAGAGAUUUCGCUUAAGCGAAAGAAUUGAAAUCGAACGAAAGACUUCGGAUUCUGAUACAGAUCGAUCGUACAGCGGUAGAAGACGCAAACCAAAUAAGAAAUACUUGGAAUCCGAUAUAUAUGUUCAAGAUUCUGAUUACAAAGCAUUCAAGACAGAUGAGAGUCAAUCUGAAAGUGAAACCAAGGUUUCUGAAAGAAUUAUAAGUAAAUCCAGAAGAGGCAGACGUUCGAGAGGCGCUGACAAGAAGAGCAGCGGAUUUGUCACUCAGAGGGAUAAGGAAGAAAUAGAAGUAUCAGAUCAAACACCAGGUGUUAUUGAAAACAGCACCAGCAUCUCAUCAAUCGAUAUGAAAUACGAAAUGUUUGAUAAUCGCGUCUCUAAAAAGGAUACAUUGUCCGAAGAAGGAAAAUCUGAAGAAGCAAAAUGCGAUGUACUCGAAGAGCGAAUAAAAGCUGCUUUGGAUGAAGCAGCUGUCGCAAAAAUUGAUAUGAAUGUACCUUCGGAAGAUGUAGAAAUGGCUACAGUGUUGGAAACUACAAGUAAAAUGGAGGAAAUAAGACUUGAUUUGAAUAAAUCUGUCAAGGAAUUAUCAGAAGAGAAAGAAAAGAAAAAUUUAUUAAAAUCAAAUAAAGAUAUUGAGAAAAAUCUUAAGGAUCAGAAGAAAUCUUCGAUUCUAGAGCAAACUGAAGAUACCAUCGAUAAAGUUGAAACGCAGCAGGAUGUUUCAAAAACAAGUGUGGAUAUGUUACCGCCAAAAAAGUCACAGAUGAAAAAAUUUGAGUCAUCGCAAAUAGAUCUUUCUGAUACAGAUGUGCAGGCUAAUAAAACUGUAGAAGCCGAACUUGAGUCUGGAUGUAAGAUUGAAUUUGAAUCUAAGAUUGAAGUCGAACUUGAUCGUCAGUUUGAAUCUCAGAAUGAUGCUAAAGAAAAAAUGAAUGAAGAGGACGAAAUAGUGAUAAAAACGACAGUAAGUAAAAUAACGGAUGAAAUCGUAAAAAUUUUAGACACCAAAAAAGAGGAGCAGGAAAACCUGAAAAACUUUGAACUACAGGAAAAAUUAAAUAAAUCAGAUGAAAAAGAACAAGAAACGCAAUCGAUAGAGGAAGUACUGCAAAAAUCACAAGAUGUUAAUCGGUUUGAAUUACAAUCGUUGGAAAAAUUAUCCACAGUUUCCAAACCAGAUGAUGCAGGAAAUACAUCAAACAGUUCAACCAAAAUAAUAACCGAACAACAAUUAACUCCCAAGAAGUCUCCUAUGGAAACGAGAUAUAAAGGUAAAUUUACUCCAGAAACGGGUAAAGGAAAAAAAGACAAAGAUUUGUUUUUGGAAGAAAGGCCAGCCAAUACAUUCCAGGAAGCUUUCCUGAAGACUUUACAGAUGGAUAAGAAGAAGAUUAUAAUUGACGGUUCCGAGUCACCUAAGAGUAAGAAGGAGAAGAAGGUUACCAAGAAGAAAGUUGAAGAGGUUAAAGUAAAUAUUACUGCCAUACCUGUACAAAGUACAAAAAUCGAAGAUUCGAAUAAAGUUUUAGGAAUUCCUGAAAAUAUUCCAAUUGAAGGAAAUGUAUCAGAUGUUUCGGUUGUGAGCAAUUUUGAAAAUAUUGAGGUAGUUAUCGAGGAGAAGAUAAAGGUUGAUAGCAAAAUUAAAGACAGUAGUUUCGAAACUACUGAUACUCGACUUAGAUUAUCGCCCAACGAAUUUGUUAUUACGUCUAAAUCGUCCGUUUCUGAAAAUAAAACUAUCUCCGAUAUUAAAAAAUUGGGUGAAAUCUCGAAAACUUCUUCUGUAUCUACAUCUUCCCUAUCGUCCGAUAUCAGCGUACCGGUAAAAAAACGCGAGAUGCCGCGAAUAAUAGAAAAUGUUACAUUGACCGAACCAGUGCAAAUUUUGAAACCAAACAAACUAUCGCAGAAAGGUAUAAAACAUAAAUUAGAAAUGGACGUUAUGAAGAAAAGCGAUCAAAAGAGUGGACCUAAGGCAAAGAUAAUGAAGAUAGAAACUCUACCUUCGAAUAGUAAGUUAAAAACUAUAAAGUCCAAUCUGACCAAUCCGCACAUGUCUCUUACUAAGAAGCUACAAGUUUUAAAAACAGAAGAGACGGAAGCAUUUCUAGAGGCGCAGAACAAGGAACAAAGCAACACGCCCACGCCGCAGACUAUCGUAACUGUACCAGUGACAGAGAAAUAUAUACAACAAAGCUCCCAAAGCCUGGCGGACAUGGAGCUGGACAUCAACUCGAUGCCAUUUGUUCUCAGCGAGGACGUACUAAUGCCCGAGAACAUUGAGCAGAUGCCCGUUGUCAUAUCUUCUAUCAUACCAUCUAGUUCAAUUCCAGCCACGCUUUCCUUCACUCCGACCACGCAGAUAAUAUCGCCUACUAAACAGACUCAAUUUAAGAUCACGAAUGAGAUCACCGCGGCUGAGACGUCGCCGACGAAGAAGAAGAGUGGCAUGCCAGCGAUAUUAAAAAAAGAAAGUAAAGCGAAACCGACCAUCACGAGCGUUAAAACAUUGGUACCACCGCUUACCGGCGGUGUAAAGGGUUUGAAAUUUCAGAGCGCCCAACCAACUGGUAAAACACCAUCUCUCUUAACGCAAAAAGGCAAAUAUGUCGUUGUACAGACAGGAGGCACUCAACAACUACGUUAUAGCGUUCAAGGUAAAUCUGAUACUCAACAGAAAAUUACCAUUCCAACUACCAGCAAGCCGGCGGGCAACGCGCAAGUGAUUCAACAAGGUAACAAAGUCGUCAUACUGACGUCAGGUCAGUCUAAAAUGGUACCGUUGAAUAUUUCCAAGACUCUAAGCGGCAAAAUGCAGAGAAUCGUGACGAGUAAGGGCCAGUUAUUAUGUCCGAUCAGUCCGCAAAGUAUAAUCACUUCGAAGAUCAUUGCGCCGAAGGCUGACACCGCUGCCUCUGCCGGCUCGUCCACCACAUCCAAACUAGCUACCGGUAGUCAUAAGAUCAUUAAUACGCAAGGCAUAAUCACGUCUAAAGGUGUGCUCACUCCGAUUUCAGGUACUAUUGGUAAAACGGCGUUAUUAGGCACAUUACCCCAGGGAAUUCUCACGAAGGGUGGUAUUUAUACUCCAAUUAGUGCUUCGUCUUUGAGCGGAAAAACUAUUAUUAGCUCGAAGACUUUAAUCACGAAAGGGGGCGCGACUCUCUUGUCUCCGCAAACUCAAAAUCUAGGCGGCUCGAAAGCGAUCUUGACACCGGUGUCUCAAACUCUCACCGGUAAGACCAUAUUAAACCCGCAGGCUAUCGUCAGCAGUAAAGGUACUAUCCUGACACCGAUAACCGGGCAACAGGUGAAGGCUAUCGCUGCCAAAAGCCCAGUCAAAGGCGGUAAAGUACAGUAUCAGCCGGUGCAGCAGAAGGUACAGCUACCUAUAUUACAGAAGUCAUCAAAAGUACCGAUAUCAGCUGCAGGCUCGCAGGCGAAAUCAUCUGGGAAAUCACCAGGUAGCACAUUGAUUCUGCCGAAUGCUACCGGCACAGGGACUCAGAAGAGCACGUCGCAUAGUAAGAAAGGUAUCAAGCAACAAGCGGUGGUGCAACCAGGCGCUACCACCAUUAAUAUUGCUUCACCGAGCGGCGCGCAGCAGACGGUAACGAUGGUUGCACAGCAAAUGCAGCCGAGAGGCAAGACUGCAACCGUGCAAAAAGUUGUUAUUCCUAAAACUGGUCGUCAGACGAAAACUCAGCAGAAAUUUGUCGUCCAGAAAGUGCAGGAGCCAGCUGUAUCGACGAUGCAGAGUAUCCACACGAAACAGACGAUCACCACGACGACCUCGACCAAUAUACCGAUCGCUACUAAGACGGUUGCACAAUCGAAACAGACAACCCCUGUGACUCCUCUGAAGUCCUCCACGAAGUCUCAUGUCUCAAGCAAGGCGCAGAAGAAUAUGCUGAAUAUCGCUAUGAAUUCGAUAAGCACUGUCACGACAAAUGCGAAUAUCGUUACGACUAUGGCGUUACCUCCGCUGGAGCCGAUCGACACGGAGAAGAAGGCGAAGACGGAUCUUCAACUUGCGGAUACCAUUCAAAAGGAACAAAGUAAAAUAGAGAAAUUUCAAACUGAAAAAAGCAGCGGCGACGCCGAAAAAACAGAAGAACCGAAAGUGGUCGCGCAACCACAAAUCAUGGCCCUGCCAACAGAAAGCAGUGAUGGCACACAAACAUACGUGUUGGUUACGAUUGACGAACAAGGACAAAUACAGCCUCUUGAUAAUAAUACUCUUAUGUCAUUGGAGGGAACUACGCAGAAUCCUGAUGGCACAAGAACCCUAUAUAUAGAUCCUAGUUCUCUGGGAGAAGCCGGAACCUUGGAUAACAUUGUUCUCCAAUUCGAUAAUGGUGUCUUGCCUAACAUGCAGACCAAUGUGACGGAGGCUAGUCAAACGACAAUUAUAACUGAGAACUUCCCCACGUCGGAAAUGAUACAAACGUCCAAUCAAGAUAUACUGGCAGCCGCUCUUGCUAAUACAGAUUUUCAGCAAGAGAUUAACUUGCCAGAGAAUCAAGCAUCUGGCAGCGUCAUGACCCAGACUGGUCUGACUCAGACGAGUCUUAUUAAUCAGACGAUACUACAAUCGACUAUUAUACCGCCUACGGAACCCAUAUCAUCGCCGUCGGUACUGGAAACCUCGUUGACUUUGAAUCAACCAAUCAUGACGCCGCUCGAAGUACCAAGCAAUCUGCCAAUUCAGUCGACGGACUCGACUCCUACGUCGGUGGUAUCCACUAUCCCGUCCUCUCUCGAACUACCGAUCACCAUUACGAAUCCCAGCAUUUCCUACAUAUCUGCUACAGGUGAACCGCAGAUUCAGAUCCCUGGUAACUCGAUGCCGGAUAUUGGCGAGAUUAUUGAGGGCCCGGCGACGGCAGCGAGCAGCGGAGAUAUUGAUCGCGCAAAGAUUCCCGUGAGUACUCAAUACUUGGUCAUCCCAAAUCUGGAGACUAACAUCACGGCCGCAGAGACGCAAAACAUACAGAGCGCCGAAAUCGCGAUCACGCCGUCGGUUUCGUACACGGUUACCAUGCCGAGCAGUAUAGUUUUAGAGAAUCCACAGGUACAAACUACUCCGUCGAUGCCGAUCAUCGAUGAUACGUACGCAGACAAUUCGCAAUUCGCCACGACGAUCGUUGCCGAACAGACGUUUGUGGAUGUGCCAGUCUCGGAGAUGCUAGUCUCUAAGGCUCCAACAGUCCAACAUAUGCCGUUAGAGGACAUCGAGGCGACAUCGGAAAUGAUUAUUUCCACGCAUCAAAUUCCGGCUUUUCCACAAAAACCAAUUAUAUCAACCGACAAGUCUAAAAGUUUGGACAAGGAGCAGACCACGACGAUGCAGGAAGUAUAUUCUUCUCAGGAAGUUCCUAUCACAACCGAAGAGUUGAUCUUACAGCAACCGGCUAAGGAAGUUAGCACCUCCAGCAUGAUGAAAGUUGACCGGGAAAAAAAAGGCGACAAUAAGGAGAGCGAUGCACCGAUGACUAACUUACCGAUAAUAGACGAAAUCACCUCGGUUACGUCUGAAUCUAAUUCUAAGAUAGAGUCCAUAGAACGGGUGAGUUUUGAAGUGACUGAUUCGAGCGAGCUUAAAGCCGCUGAAUCGCACGAAGCAGACGCGGUGGAUAAACUAAAGCAGCUAACAUUUUCCGAAGGAUCUAGAAGUAAAACUAAUUUGAUAGAUCAGCAGGUAGCCGGUACGUCAAACCAAGUGGAGACUCGAGCAGCUUCGCAAAUUCUACCAGCUGAGUUGUUAAGUGCCACAAGCGACGCGACUAUGGAGGUGGACGAAGCAGUAGAAUCGGAGUUGUAUGCUGGCAGCACAAGUGACAAGCGAGAUGUGAAAGAUAGUCAAAAAGAUGAGCCGUCGUCGCAGGAAGAAUCGGACAGGCGUCGUUUGCGCCAGAGCAUGGAGCUGCAUUUCGAGGAGGAGGAGGAAGUGGCGAUCGCGGAAGCUAGUCAAGAGACGCCAUCGCAAUCUCAAUACGAACAGUUCAAUGUAUCCAUCAGCAGUGACUCCGCGGAUCUACCUAGUCAGUCCGCCGGUAAGUUGGAAAGCUCGUUGGGCGAAGCCACGCAAUCGAUCGCGUACGAGUCGAUGGAAACGGACGAGGAGACCAUCGUAGCGGAACCACCGACUCAAUCUUUCGAACAUUCGAAGAUCAACGAGGCAUCUCAGUCGUACGAAGUUUCAGCGGAGGCCAACGUAAAUACACCGACGCAAUCCUUCAACGAGAUACAGAACCAAGUGGAACGACCGAGCGCCGACGAAACGAUCGAUGAUCAGAGCUUCCCCACGCAGAGUUACGAAAUCGACAAGGGGGAAAAUAUGGCGGAGGACAUGGAAACCGAUGCUGAGAUCAGUCAAGAGGGCAAUAUACCGUCGCAGUCUAACGAUGUUGGUGCCGAUGGUAUUGGCACGUCGUCCGUGUCAACGAAUAAUUCCGGUUUGAACGAGGAUGAGACGGCGAGCUCAUCCUAUGUGCCAGAGACACCCGAGAAUCAAGAACGCGAUCAGGACCAAGAAAGUGCGAUAAGCACGUCGUCUUACGAGAUUCCACCAUGCGAAGAGCUCAACAUCGCCUCAUCUAGCGUGAUACCGGACACAUCGGUCAGCGCGGAGCACACCGGUAUCCAUGACAACGGUGUGCCGGAGAUUCCGACCUCCUCGUCAUAUAAUUUGAAUCCCGAUAUCACAUCGACUCACCACGUGGACUCCGUGCCCACUUCCAGCUACGAAGAUCAGGUAAUAGUCGAGCAGAACGUAUCAACGUCAUACGAGGUACCGAUCUCGAUGCCUGGCCUGGAGGAGACCUGCUCGCAGAAUUUCGUCACGGAAAGUAGCGAUCAUCACCGAAACGAGCCGUCCAGCUAUUACGCCCAUCACCAAGAAGUGACGGCGAGUUACUACCAGUCCGUGGACCAGGAUGCAAACUCCCGACUGGAGGAGGAUCCACAUGAGGAGCACGUCACACCUGGCGGCUACUACGAGGGCAAUCCACAGGAGGUGAGUCAAAGCUAUUUUGCACCGACCGAGGAGGAAACGCCCAAUUACACCAGCCAUAGUAUCUCGUCCGGCUACUACGAUCCCAGCAGACCCGAGAGCGAGGCGAGCCAGAGCUAUUACUCCACGGACGAUCUGGAUGGUAAAACGGAGCAGUCGUCGUCCUCAUCGCCAAACAUCGAGGCAUCGCAGAGUUUUUAUCAGGAGAGAUCGGGCGAGUUGAGACUGAGGCAGCAGGGUGAGGCUACGCCGACCUAUUCCGAAGGAUACCCGGUGGACUACACACUAGAAAACUCGCCGAUCGAGAGGCACGAUCUUGUGGAGAGCUCGGUACCAGCCACCAGGCCUAUGGACAGGUAAUAUACUGCGGGGGACGGUAGUAAUGACUAAGAGUCCCCGCGCUGACUCUGCAGCCUCUGCAGCCCCGUCAACAUACAGACUUUUUAGUCUUUUUUCAAAUGUAAAUACAAUGUUAAGAUAAAGUUAUAAUGUGUUAAAUAAGCGCUGAAAAUCUUAAGAUAAAAAAAAACUUAGUGUUAGGUUUUAUCGUUAAGCCCCUUCGUACAAACAAAUGCGCGCAUGCGUUUAUGCAUGUUAAAAUGAAAAAUAAAAAAAGCCGCGAAUAUGUGUAAUUCGUUUUUAGAAUCCGGUACGGAGGCAUUAUAUAUAUAUAUGAUUUCUCAUGUUGCAUUAUAUCGUUAUAAUCUUGAUUUUACCGUCAUCGACGUUUGAUGAAGAAAAAGGAAAUGUAUAUAAUCACAUAUAUAAAAAUUAAAUCAACUAUUUAUACAGGAUGUGUUUUCCGUGUUUUCGAACAAUGGAUAGAAAAUACCUAGCUUAACAUGUUUCAAGUAGGAAUAUUUCAGACUGGAUCUUUUUUAUAUCAUUAUCCGAGAAAGUAACAGAGAGAAACACACACCUGUAUAUAAAAAAUAUAUUAUUAUUCUUUCUUUAGAAUAUUAUAAAGAUUUGUCAGAGAUGGGCGAUUUUCGAUUUCUCCGUCAAUAUUUCUGUAUGUUUACGAUAUAGCAAUAGUGAGAAUCGCGAUAGUGAUCGCGAUUUUCUUAUAACAAGGAUUUUUUUAUAACAAAAUGUUGAAAAUAAUAAGAAAUGAAAUAUUCUCAAAACCAAAAAA